AGAGGUGAUCAGGGGGCUAUAUAAAACAGGUCCUCCUAGAAUGAACAGGUCCCUCAACACUUAGGAUUUAUUCACAAACCUGACAGUCUUUCCUGAGAAUAUAGGACAGUAUGAUACCCGCCUGCUAUUUCAGUGUCAUUCUCCUGGGCUAUGUCUUUGCACUCCCUGUCCCCUUCAACAGCACACAGAACAGCAUGAGACAAAAUGCAUAUGACAAUCCUCUCCAAGACAACAAAACUCUGGACCAUGCUACAGAGUCUUCAGAGGCUAACAACAAUGGAAUACUGUCAGAGAAGCCGAUACACAGUUGGAACGAGACAGAUAGCAAUACAACAAAUACUUUGACAAAGAUGAUGUCCCUAUCACGCUGCAUGAUAAGUCUCUGUACGCUGAACAACCUAGGCCAUUCAAUGCAGUUUGGGGACGAGAAGGCUGGCGAGGCGACAAAAGACCCGCACGGCAUCGGAAAGAGAUGAGAGGACAAGAAGAGGAGGAAGAACAAGGAAGUGUGAUGUCAUUACAAGCACUGCUGGCAUAGUAGUCUAUUUUAUCUGAAAUUAAAUGUUAGAAAGCACAA